AUGCCGGACUCCGCUGUCGAGGAAGCAAAGAAAACACUCGUCCAGCGAUUCCGAGCUUGGGGUGAAAACUCAUUCCCGCCAACGGUGCUCGCUUCGCUGAUCUUCGCGCAACAUGCCCGGCCCUUCCAGUUCUUUCCAAUGCUCUUCCCUCCCGUCCUUCUCUUCACCAGCUACGCAAAUGUUCAAGGUUUCAAGACAGACAGUGCUGGUAUACAAGCCGCGUGGUCUGGCCUGUACCUGCUCCUAGCGGGCCGGCGGCGACAGCCCUUUGUGAAGAAGCUCGGAGCUCGCGGAAUCGUCCGCGGCAUGACUAUGGGCCUUUGCUUGGUUAACAUGAUUGGAGGUGGUCUGGCAUAUACCCUUGGGAAGCGGGAGGAGGAGGAAGACCGGAAAUAA